AUGCCGCUCCUCCAGAAGCUCUCGGGCUAUCCCAGCCUGCUUCUGGCUGGCAAUCCGUCCAAGAUCGAUAUCGGUCGCCUCUUGUUAGGGAUUAUCUUCGCCAUCGCGUCCGGUGUGCCCUUUCCCAUUAUCGGGAUUCUGUUCGGUCAGCUCCUCGACGACUUCAAUGCAGUGACGUGCGGCUCUGAUGAGAGCUCGCAGUCUGAUGCCGAAUACCAACAUGACAUCAACGGUAAAAUCCUUAUGAUCGUGUACUUGGCUAUCGCUCAGUUCGUGGCGAUCUACAUCCAUCUCACAUGCUGGAGUCUGAACGGCGCUCGACUGGCGCAGAGACUGCGCGAAACUUACAUAGAGAACCUACUCCGACAGGAGCCCUCGUUCUUUGAUAACCUUCCUCCCGGUGAGAUCGCCUCGCGACUCAAUGGCGACAUCCAGGCAAUCCGUUCGGGAACGUCAGAGAAGGUCGGAAUCUGCCUGUCCAGUGCUUCCUUCUUUGUCACAGCGUAUGUUGUGGCCUUCAUCAAAGACUACCGCCUUGCUGCUAUGCUUAUCUCGUUAAUCCCGGCAUAUUUCAUCAUGUCAUUCGUUGGAAGCCACUACAUUGAGAAAUUCUCGGGGAGGAUGUCGGAUUAUGCUGCUACGGCUGCGUCCAUCGCGUCAGAAGCGUUGUCCAACACCGUUGUCGUACAAGCGUUUGGGGCAAAUGCUCGGUUGGAGGACAAAUUCUCCAAAGCACUCAAAUCGGCGGAACAGGAGGGAUUGAAAAAGGCGACGGCAGUUGGCACGCAAUCUGGGGUUUUGUACUUCAUCGCGUAUUCAGCCAAUGGGCUUGCAUUCUGGCAAGGAAGCAGACGGAUUGCCGAUUCCGUCAGUGGUGACUCGAACGGUGCCACCGUGGGUGCCACAUUCACUGUGAUCUUUAUCCUGGUUGAAGCUACUCUGCUCCUCAGUCAGGUCGCUCCUUUCCUCCACCUGUUCGUCGCAGCCGUCGCCUCGCACCGGAAACUACGGGACGAUAUCAACCGUGAGCCGUUGAUUGAUGGUACAACUACGUCCGGCCUUCGUCUCACCCAGGCUGAAGGCGGCUUCGAGUUCAAGGAUGUUUCUUUCACCUACCCAUCUCGCCCGGAGAUCACUGUUCUGGAUAGGAUCAGCCUGAGCCUACCAGCGAACAAGCAUACGGCCCUCGUCGGCCUCUCAGGAAGCGGCAAAUCUACCAUCGCGGGCUUGGUUACCAGGCUGUAUGAUCCCACCGAGGGUCAGAUCCUGUUUGAUGGCCACGAUAUUCGUGAUGUGAAUACGCGCGACCUUAGAAGCUUCCUCAGCUUGGUGCAGCAGGAGCCUUCUCUGCUUGACAGAUCGCUACUGGAGAACAUCGCGCAUGGCUUGAUCAAUUCGAGUAACCCCGUGCAUACACAUCUGACGCCCAUACUCCUCAGUUCCCAGUUAGCCGAUCUUGCCAGCGAAGUCAGAGACGGAAGAGAUUUGAUGGUGGCAGCCGAGGAACGAGGCUCGGAGGUGGUCGAAAUUGUCACCCUGGUCCAGAAGGCCGCGGUCCUGGCGGAUGCGGAUGGAUUCAUCAGUGCACUGCAGCAUGGCUACGGCACGUCUGUCGGCUCUAGUGGUCGUUUGAUCAGCGGUGGACAGAAGCAGCGAGUAGCUCUGGCUCGAGCAUUGGUCAAGGAUCCUGCCGUUCUCAUUCUGGAUGAGGCGACGGCCGCUCUGGAUUCCCACAGCGAGCAGCGGAUUCAGCGCGCAAUCAACAACAUUGCUACAGGCCGGACAGUGAUUACCAUUGCUCAUCGUCUAUCAACGAUCACCAGCGCAGAUAACAUUAUUGUCAUGCAUAAGGGCCAUAUCGUGGAGGAGGGAAACCACACGGCGCUCAUGGCGAAGAAUGGAGCUUAUGCUGAGCUCGUCAGGCUGCAAACUAUCGGAUCCGCAUCAGACACGAAAGAUAUAAACAUCGAGACCAUUAGCAAGUCAGAGACCUCCACAGAGGGUGACAUCGAAAAGAUUAGUCUAUCGAGUGAUAUUCCAGAAAUUCUUGAAAAGAACGAGGUAUCGGCCACUGAAACUCCCGUCAGUGAGUCCGCAGAAGAGGAGAAUGAGCCAGAGACGCCUAACAAGUCUCUGUGGGCCCUUGCGCGAGGAUAUGCUCCUGCUCUGAGACCCCACCUCCUGAUUAUCUUCAUGGCGCUGCUUGGCGCAAGUAUCGUCGGCGGAGCGUUCUCUGGUGAAGCUGUGAUUUUCGGCAACACCGUCGGUAGCCUGAAUCCCUGCCACAGCCCGGACAGCAUUCGUUCCAAGGGUAACUUCUUCGGAUUGAUGUUCUUCGUUCUGGCCAUUAUUGAAUUCUUUGCAAAUCUGGUUAGCUGGUCUGGGUUUGGCUGGGUCUCGGAGAAGAUUGUCUACACAGUACGAGUGCUGUCGUUCCGAUCGUUGUUUGAACAGGACCUGCAGUGGCAUCAGUCUAAUGGCCGAACCCCUGCAUUGCUUCUCUCUUAUAUCACCAAGGAUGGCAGUGCCCUGGCAGGUCUGAGCGGCUCUGUCAUUGGUACUCUCUUUUCCAUCACUGUCAACCUGAUCGCCGCCAUCAUCCUCACUCACAUCAUUGCCUGGCGAAUUGCACUGGUGUGCCUCGCGCUGGUACCCCUUCUACUUGGUGCCGGUCUCAUGGAGCUGCGGGUGCUUGGGAAGUUCGAGGAAAAGCACGAAACCGCAUACACCAAAUCGGUCGAUAUCGGCGUGGAAGCUAUCACAUCUAUUAAAACCAUUGCCUCUUUGUCUCUGGAGGAAGAAACCCUCAAAACCUACCGGCGCUCACUCAAGGGUCCACGCAAGGACACAUUCAUCGUCACCAUGCAAGCCAGUCUGUGGCAGGCCAUGACCUACUUCCUAGGCAACCUGGUGAACGCACUCGCAUACUGGUGGGGUUCCAAACAGAUUAUCUCGGGCAAUUACACACAGACCCAGUUCCUUAUCGUCGUCUUUUCCCUACUUGUCAGUGCGUUACUGUGGAGUCAGAUGUUUGCUCUCGCUCCGGAGCUCUCCAGCGCUAGGGCUGCCAUGGCCCGGAUCCUGAGUCUCAUCGAGAUCGGCUCCGACAAGAUGCAGGGGCAUGUGCGACCCGCGCUCCCCGAUGCAAAGGAUGUCGAGUCGAGCGCCGAGCCCAAGUCUGCCCACGAAUCCGGCACCGCCUCGAGCGUGCAGGUGCGCGACGUGCAUUUCUCCUAUCCUGCACGGCCAGAUAUCAAAGUGCUCAACGGUUUGAGUAUUGACAUUCGGCCCGGGCAGUUCUGCGCUCUUGUUGGACCCAGUGGUGCUGGAAAGUCCACCAUCAUCUCCUUGGUUGAGCGGCUGUAUACGCCGCAGUCGGGAUCCGUGGUCAUCGACGGCGUCGACGUGACCAAGCGCCGCGACGUCACGUUCCGUGAUAGCAUUGCGCUGGUACCUCAGGAGAGCGUGCUUUUUGAGGGGAGCAUCGAGUUCAACAUCGGUCUGGGUGCGCGACCAGGCCACCAAGCCACCAUGGAGGACAUCAUUGAGGCAUGUAAGCUCGCCAACAUCCACGACGUCAUUCAAGCGCUGCCGCUUGGGUACCAAACGCUAUGUGGACCAAACGGCAGCCAAUUCUCUGGUGGUCAGAAGCAGCGACUAUCAAUCGCCAGAGCGCUUGUUCGCAAGCCGAAGCUAUUGAUCCUGGAUGAGUCGACCAGUGCGUUGGAUGCCGAGUCGGAGAAGCUGUUGCAGGACGGGCUUGAGAAGGCCGCCAGGGGGAUCACAGUAAUUGCGAUUGCGCACCGCCUGCGUACGAUUCGCAAGGCAGAUGUAAUCUUUUUGAUCGAUGGCGGUCGCUGUACUGAUCGGGGGACGCAUGAGGAAUUGCUCCAGAGGUCAGACAGCUACAGGGCAAAUGUCAUGCACCAGACGGUGGCAGAGUAG